CCUCUGUCUGGCUGUAGUAAAACCUGUCAGAGUGUAGAAAUGGAGGCCAUACUCAGUGCUCUCAACUUGGAGUGGAUAGAUGUAAGAGGCAUUUUAUUAUUUUUCUGUGUUUUUAUACUGCUAGCUGAUGUUUUGAAACACAGAACACCAAAGAACUUUCCUCCUGGACCCUGGUCCCUACCUGUGAUUGGGGACCUUCAUCGAAUCAAACCAGCCACACUUCACCUGCAGUUCGCAGAGUUUGCAGAGAAAUAUGGGAGCAUUUUCAGCCUCCGUCUCUUUGGUGGAAGACUUGUGGUCAUCAAUGGUUUCAACCUGGUGAAAGAGGCCCUUCAAAGCGAAGACUUCAUAGAUCGACCCACCGUACCAAUGUUUGAGACAGUUUUUAAAAACAAAGGCCUCGUCAUGUCAAACGGCAAUCCGUGGAAGCAGCAGAGACGAUUUGCUCUUCACACACUCAGAAACUUUGGUCUGGGCAAGAAGACCAUGGAGCAGUUCAUCCAGCAGGAGAGUGGAUACCUCACAGAGGCCUUUAAAGAACAACAAGACAAGCCCUUCAUUGCAAUGCCGCUGUUGAACAAUGCUGUAUCCAACAUCAUCUGCUGUUUGGUGUUUGGGGAUCGAUUUGACUACGCAGACAAUGAUUUCAAGCUAAUUCUGAAGAAAUUCAACGAUGCAAUUCGCUUACAGGAAGGUUUCACUGUACAGGCCUACAACACAAUGCCGUGGCUGAUGAAGUGGCUGCCUGGAUCACACCAAAAGGUAAUCUCUCUAAUAAAGGAGAUAGUGGACUUCAUAGAUAUUAAGGUCAAAGAACACCAGAAAAGCCUGGACCCCUCAUCACCCAGAGACUACAUCGACUCCUUCCUCAUACAGAUGGGUGAGAAAGAGGACACAGAGUCAGGUUUUGAUCUUGAAAACCUCUCCGCUUGUACCCUGGACCUGUUCGGAGCUGGAAGUGAAACCACCACCACCACUUUAAACUGGGGGCUGCGGUACAUGAUCAAGUACCCACACAUACAAAAGAAGGUCCAGGCUGAGAUAGAUGCUGUGAUCGGCUCAUCCAGACAGCCCAACGUGGCUGACAGGGACCACAUGCCCUACACUAAUGCCGUCAUUCAUGAAACUCAGAGGAUGGGCAACAUCGUUCCUUUCAAUUUGGUUCACAUGGCCAGCAAGGACACCACACUGGGCAACUACUCAAUCCCAAAGGGUACCACGAUAAUGCCGACACUUCAUUCGGUGUUCACUGAUGCAUCAAUAUGGGAAACUCCAGAGUCCUUCAACCCUCAGCACUUUCUGGAUGAAGAUGGGAAAUUCAGGAAGAGAGAGGCCUUCAUUCCUUUCUCUGCAGGAAAACGUGUGUGUCUCGGGGAGCAGCUGGCUAGGAUGGAGCUGUUCCUGUUCUUCACCUCCCUCCUUCAGAGGUUUUCAUUCUCAGCAGCUCCUGGAGAUGAGCUCACCCUGGAAUACACACUGGGAGGAAUCCGUACUCCCAAACCGUACCGCGUCUGUGCUGUGCAGCGCUAAACUGCCAACAAUCACAGUGUGCAUAACGAAUGCCUGUUCUUCACACAAGUAUCUUCUAAAGCAUCAAAAUUGUCAAUCUUCCUGUUGUAAAUGACAUUUGAUUUGGAGUUUUUUCUUUUCCUUUUGCCGGUAGAUCAUUUCUGGAUAUCCGCGCACAUAAUCAAAAAUUUAUUUCAGACUGAAUUAAAGAAGGCUUUUAAUCUAAUAAAACAUGCAUCAAAAUUUCAGCUUGUUUCAGUUGUAAUGAAAAAUCAAUGUGAAGUAUUUCUAACUCAAAGUAUUCAAACUUGCAAAAUGUCUCAAUUAAUCACUUUACAUGCCAUGACUUGCAGCAUGUUUUAUUGUCUUAUAACAUCAAAAAGCAGUUGCUAUCAAAAGCGUUCGGUUUGAUUAACAAAACAAUGUGAAAUCUUGACUUUUUGUUAUGUACUGCCUCCCCCCCCCAAAAUAAAUCAAGUAAAUCUUGCAAAAGGUUGAGAAAAAUCUAUGAAAACAAGGUCGAACGAAACAAAUCCUCAUGCUGGAAAUGAUUCUUGUUAAAUCAUUGCUGUUUUUCAUUCGAAACUCAUCCCACAGUUCUUA